CUGCAAUGUCGUGAUGCUGAAGGGGCUUUGGCAGUUCGUUCUUACACUUUACAAUCAGAUGAGUACCAGCACAAGGUCGUCGGCAAGUUUCCGCUUCAUUUGUAUUGCAGAUUAAUAUCUGAACAAGGUGAUUUGGGUAAAGCUAAGGAUAAGCCACCCGCCAACUUGUUUUAAGCAAUGAUCCUCACGGAGCGGCCUUUUGAACACGUUGCACUAUCUGUUAUGAAUGGUUAUGAGUCCUACGAGCAGCGUCCAGAUACUUCUGGCGCUGCUGCAAGCCAAGAGCUUUCGCAGUUUGAUGCCGCCUCGCGUCUCGAGGCAGAGGACACUGGUAGAGGCGUUGGGAGAUCGAGGUUCAGGUUUGCAAUGGUUUGUGCUUCAAACCAGAACCGCAGCAUGGCGGCACAUGCACUCCUCCAGAAAAGCGGCCUUCUGGUCAACUCCUAUGGCACAGGCUCUCAGGUGAAGCUUCCAGGGCCCAGCCAGAAGGAGCCAAAUAUCUACAGCUUUGGCACUACAUACCAGAAGAUGCAUGACGAGCUAGCCGCACAGAACCCAAGCCUAUACCGCAAAAAUGGGAUUCUGGAGAUGCUACAACGAAACAUGGCGGUAAAAGGAGCUCCUCAGCGGUGGCAGGACAACCAUGAAGAUGGAUUUUUUGACAUUGUCCUAACCUUUGAGGAGCGGGUAUUUGAUGCUGUCCUAGAAGAUAUGCAGAGUAGGCAAAGCAAGGGACAGAGUGCUCUUGUGGUCCAUCUGGAAAUCAGAGAUAGCCAUGAGGAGGCAGCCUCAGGAGCCAAACUGGCUCUUGAGCUUUGUCAAAUGUUUGAGGAAGUAGAAGCUUGGGAAGACGGAGUAGAUCUAGUUUUAGAGAGAUUUGAAAAGCGCUACAAACGAAGACCAAUAUACGAAGUAUGUUUCUUCUAGCUUCAACAAUCUACAACGAAUGGUCCACUGCAUGUGCAUGAAUCUCGUCGACCAUGUGGCACUAAGUGAUAUAUAACACAGGUUGAAAUCAUUCUUAGUGACCACGCUUCGAUGCACUGGAAACAAAAGCAGGCUGGCAACCAACAGACC